AUGAAGCUUUAUCUCACUGCUCUGCUCAGUCUUAUCCCGUUGGCGCUUGCUACCAAGUCCCUCAAGUCGGUUAUUAUCACAUUCCCCGAGGGAACGCCUGAUCGACUUAUUUCUGAGGCAAAGGAAUCUCUGGUGGCAUCGGGUGGCGUCAUCACUCAUGAAUACACUCUUAUCAAUGGUUUCGCUGCCGAGGCUCCGGUCGAUACCCUUCAAACUCUUUCCACGGAGUCAACCGAAUUCAAGCCCAUUAUUGAAGAAGACGAUGUCGUCACUAUAAAUGGUGAAUAUGAGGAAACAAAACACAACGUCUAA